CAAGCACUACUCUAACUUGAUUGUGUGCCUAAAAACGUCUCAAAAACGUCAAACAGCGGCGUCAGCUGCAGCUGCAAGCCAACAUAGCCAACCGUCAACAAACUAGCGCCAUACCUUGAUGGAGCUUGAUUGAUUGAUAAUUCCAUUAUUGUGUUUAUCACAUAAAUUUACUGAAAACUAGAUUGUUUUUAAAAUGUACGAGAGUGGAGUAAAUUCGGAAGAACCCGUUAACUAUAAUUUGUUAUUUUGCCACGCUUGUCUUAGUUCUAAUAGAACAUUAACUCCGGUUGGAGACUACAUCAACAUUUAUCUCAAAAUUUGCGAUAAUUCACGAAUGAACUUGACUUCACAAAUAAAUGUGUGCUGGGAGUGCCUAGCGCUGCUGAAGAAAAUACAAGUUUUCAAGAGGAAGGUUGAGAAUGCUCAGAAGAUUCUGGACUACUGUGUCAGACAGCAGACUCCGCUAGAAGACAAUCUCUCCAACCUAACUCUCUCUAGCAUCGAAACAACCACAUUUGACUUCCCAGUCAUAGAUCAUGAUAAUAACUAUGAAAACUACCUAGAGGACAACAUAAAACCACCAGAAUACAAUGAUCUGGACAAAUGCAUGAGAUUAGAAGACUCUUUCACAGAUAAGUCAGAUUUUAGGCAUGAAGACUCAUACACAGACAAAUUGGACUUGAGGAAUGAAGAUUCAUAUAACGAACUAAUGUUUAAAAUAGAGGAUGUCAGAGGGCAGUGUGAUAUUCUACACGUUCCUGUGUUGGAUUUGACAGCGAGUUUGGCCGAGGUAAAAGUGAAAAUAGAACCCUUGGAUUCCCCGGAAGAUGAGGAAGAGAGGCAGCAUCACCGGUGGCAGCGCUCCGCCAUGCUGGUUUAUAAAAGGAUAUGUGGACACCGUUACGCGCAGCAUUUCCUGCGGCCCGUGACGGAUGACCUGGCCCCGCUCUACAGCCGCAUCGUGCGCCGACCCUCGGACCUGUCCACCAUCAGAAGGAGGAUCAAAGAUGGCGACAUCAGAACGACGGCAGAGUUCACACGCGCGUUGCUGUUGAUGUUUUCGAACGCGCUGAUGUACAAUAGCAGCCACCACUUCAUCUAUCAAAUGACGCUAGAAUUUCGAGAAGAGACGCUCCGCGAGCUGUCGCUGCUGACGUCGGCGGAGGAGGAGGCGGGGGCGGAGUGCCCGCUGGCGCGCCUGCUGCGCCGCCCCGCCCCCGCGCCGCUGGCCCCGCCCACCGCGCCGCCGCCGCGCGCCGCCACAGUGCACGCGGGGCGGAGAGCCUCCGUGCUAGACCGACCACAACACGAGCCCAUUAAAGUCCCUCCGGCCCCGCGGCGCCGCGCCUCCGUGUACGCGGCGGCGGAGCCCCGGCCCGCGGAGCCCCGGAAACGAACCAAGUGGGACUGGUCCAGUAUAGAGGACGAGUACCUAAUAGCGAAGAAAUACAAAAACAGUGUUGCUGUGUUACUAUAGGAUAAGUUAAAUUUAUUUUUACGAAUAUUGUGAUAAUUUACCCUAAUCUAAGGGUUCUACAGUCAUGGAGUCCGUGUAAACAUAGAUAAGUAAGCAUCAGUUCACUCCAUACAUUGUUUUGGUACCAACAAAUACUAAAAACAGAAUAAAAUAAAUAUUUAAGGGGAGCUCCCAUACAACAAACAUAAUUUUAUUGCCGUUUUUAUAAAUAAUGAUACGGAACCCUUCGUGCGCGAGUCCGACUCGUACUUGCCCGGUUUUUUAAAUGAAAGUAAACAAAAUCUACCCUCAAAUUGCUCCUUAAGCCUGUUGAGGGUAGAUGAAAACAUUACAUGAUCAAAUGAUGUAGGUUAAAGUCAGGUCGUUCAGUGACAGAUCCAGGCGGUUUUGUAUUUGGUUGGUUAACCAAUAAAUGUUAUAACUACCCGAAAAUGUACAAAUUGUUUGUUUACUUUUAGAUGAUAGAUAGUUUACUUAAAGCGGAAUUUAGCGGAAUUAUCAGUGCUCCUACUUGACAAUAGAUGUCGCGACGAACGAAAAGUCUAAUGCUCAACAAUUUUCAGCUAAUAUUAUAACCGGAUCAACCAGAACUUUAUUUUCAACUCCUUCUGCCUACUUGUAAUAUUACUUGUAAAUUGUUCACUAAUUGUUGAGAAAUACAAUUUUCGUCAGUCGCGACACCCGAGCCAUCUAGUGUCAAGUAGCGGUACUGAUAAUUACGCUACUCGAUGCUAGAUGUCGACUACGAAAAUAAUAAGGUUUUGGUACCAAAACUGAUGUAUGGAAUGAGCACUCUAUGCUUACUUCUUUCUCUAUGGUCUAAGUUACCUGAGCACCGACUAGGCAGCCGCAAAGUGUGGAACGCCACUAUAAUCUUUAAUAAUGUCCACAGGAUUUUGACGUACUAGCUUAGCGACCCUUCGUGCGAGCUUAGCUUCGCAUGGGUAGUAAAGCGUAAUAUUGUAUACACCUGUAUUUAUUUAUUAACACUUUAUUGUACAUAAAAUAAUAAGUACAAGGCGCGGACAUACAGACAGACAUAUGCGGCGGGGAACUUUUGAGGUGGCGCUCCCACACUGUCGCUUGCCAAGUCGGUGGACUCUAUUAGCUUCGACAGACUUUUUAAUUUUAGAAUUAUACUUUUUUUAUAGUGGAAUCUCAUUGCAUUUCAUUUAGGUGAAUUUCGUGUAGGGAUAUGAUGGUCGCGGUUUUUUUCUUUCUACGUGGUCGUCACGUGUUAAGACAGUCUCAUAUCCCUACAGGUAUAGAGAAAUAAGAACUAAAUGGCAACGCGCAUGUAACUCCUCUGGAGUUGCAGACGUACAUGGGCUACGGAGACUGCUUACCAUCAGGCGGGCCGUAUGCUUGUUUGCCACCGACGUAGUAUAAAAAAAAAAAAAAAUAGAGUGCUCACUCCAUACAUCAGUUUUGGUACCAAAACGCUUAUUUUCGUAGUCGACAUCUAGCAUCGAGUAGCGGAAUUAUCAGUACCGCUACUUGACAAUAGAUGUUGCGACGAACGAUAAGUCUAAUGCUCAACAAUUUUCAGCUAAUAUUAUUAGUUGUAAAUUGUUGACAAAUACAAUUUUCGUCAGUCGCGACACCCGAGCCAUCUAGUGUCAAGUAGCGGAACUGAUAAUUCCGCUACUCGAUGCUAGAUGUCGACUACGAAAAUAAUAAGCGUUUUGGUAUCAAAACUGAUGUAUGAAGUGAGCACUCAAUGCUUACUUCUUGUUUCUCUAUGCUACAGACUCUACAGAGUAGACUAAAAGGAAAUAUCUAUCUAUGGGCAUUUAUCAUUUUUUCAGUAAUACUCAAUUUUCAUUUUUUUCAAUUGUGGAACGAAAGUUGAUUAUGGUGGCAUGACUAAAAUUGUUAAUACAAUAAUUAGGUACGUGUUUUUUAAAUGUACCCAUGUUGUUAGCGUUUACAUGAUAGAAGUUUAUUAGCAACCUAGUCUAAAAUCAUUUCAUCUAUAAUUGCCAGGGGCGUAGCUACCGCCGUAUCUGCCGUAUCAAUUAUACGGGGCCCCCGGGCCACGGGGGCCCCCAACGUACGUUUUUGUGAGAAAUCUUUACCCUUCCUAAGGGCCCCCAAACAAAUUUUUAUACGGGGCCCCGCCAAGGCACGCUACGCCACUGAUAAUUGCAGUAUUUUUGAAUGGAAAUAAUUUGUUCCAAUUAGUGUGCCAAUUUUGCUGCUAUAGAUAUAAGAAGUAAACAUGAUCAUAUUUGAUUUUAAA